AUGCGAAUAAGGCUACCCUUUGCAGGUGUCUUCCUGCUCCUGCUACUGCUCGCCGGUUACGCCGGUCUCUCCACGCUCCAGCUCGGCGACUAUGUCAACGACAAAGUCCUCCACCUCGUCACCUUCUUCGCCCUCACCAUCGUCUUCUACUGGAUCGUUGACACGAACCGCCGGCGCACCCUCAACAUGACGCUCAUAGUAUGCACCCUCAUCCUGGGCGUGGGCUCCGAGUUCGUGCAGAGCUUCCUCCCCAACGAUCGCGAUUUCGACAUGUACGACAUCGUUGCAAACGUGGUGGGUAGUCUUGCCGGGCUGGGGCUGUGCUCUUGGUACCACAAGCGCAUGCUGGAGCGGCGGAGGCAGCGCAAGACAUACAACGCCGUCCCUGGCGAAGACGCCGACGAUGUCGAGCUCGGCGAAGACCACGAGACGGGCGUGACCGAUGGGCCAUCUCGGGGCAUGACGCUAGAGGAGGAGGUGGACAAUUGGGACGAGAACGCACCCGACGAUUGGGACGACGGCGACGCCGCCCAGCAGUCGGGAGUGACGGCCGCCAAAGAGCCAGACACUGUCGACAUUGGAGAUGCGAAGAAGCGAACGGACUGA